CACGAACCCAAUAACCAAAACCAUAAACUUUUUUCUUUCUAACACAUAAAUUUCCUCACCUUCCCUUUAUACUUCUCUCUCUCUCUCUCUCUCUCUCUCUCUGAAAAACAUAUACACAAACUCACGCAUAUAUAAAUAUAUAAAUCUUUCCUGUACAAUUCGCCAACGUGAAAAGGAAAAAAACUAUUUUCUCAUCUUCUUUCUUUGGAGGCGAUCAAGCUCUUGUAGAGAUCUGUUUACUCUAAUCUCUGAGCCUCAGAGCUAUUAGUUCGAAGAUGAAGAGGUUACGAGAUGACGUGUAUGGUAGCUCUUCGCAAUUCAAGCGGCCGUUUGGUUCUUCGCGUGGAGACUCCUUUGGGCAAUCCCAAGUUCCACCAGGUGGAGGAGGAGGAGGAGGAGGUGGUGGUGGUGGUGGUGGUGGUGGAGGAGGAGUUGGAGGUGGAGGAGGAGGAGGAGGAGGAGGUAGUGGUCUUGGUGUUCCCUCGCAAAAACUAACAACAAAUGAUGCCUUAUCCUAUCUCAAGGAUGUGAAGGAGAUGUUUCAAGACCAAAAAGAAAAAUAUGACAUGUUCCUUGAGGUCAUGAAAGAUUUUAAGGCUCAAAGAACUGACACCGUUGGUGUCAUUGCUAGAGUGAAGGAAUUAUUUAAAGGGCAUAAUAACUUGAUUUUUGGGUUUAACACCUUCUUGCCAAAGGGGUAUGAAAUAACCCUUGAUGAUGAUGAGGCUGCUCCACAAAAGAAGGCGAUUGAAUUUCAAGAAGCUAUAAGCUUUGUGAACAAAAUAAAGAAACGCUUUCAAAAUGAUGAACGUGUUUAUAAAUCAUUCUUAGACAUUUUGAAUAUGUACCGGAAGGAGCACAGGGACAUAAAUGAGGUCUACAGUGAGGUUUCCCUUCUUUUUGAAGAUCAUUCAGAUUUGCUUGAUGAGUUCACAAAAUUUCUUCCAGAAGCAGCAUCUGUUUCAGCACAGCAUGCUUUUCCGCGGAACUCGUUUCAGCGUAUCAAUGAGCGGAGCUCUGCCACACCAGCAUUACGGCAUGUGGAAAAGAAUCGUAUCCGGCGGGAUAGGAUUGUCACAAGUGCUGAUCGUGAUCUUAAUCUUGAUCACCCUGAGCUGGACGAUGACAAAGGAAUGGUGAAAAUGCACAAGGAGCAGAGGAAACGUGUUGAAAAGGACAGCAGGGAUAGGAGAAGCCGUGAUCAGGAUGAUAGAGAACCUGAUCACGACAACAAUAGGGACUUCAACUUGCAGCGUUUACCUGACAAAAGAAAAUCUGCAAGGAAAGUUGAAGGUUUUGGAGUGAAUGCAAAUUUGGCUUCAUACGAUGACAAAGAUACCUUAAAGAGCAUGUGCAACGAAGGAUUCGUUUUCUUUGAAAAAGUUAAGGAGAAGUUGGGCAGCUCUGAUGACUACCAGACAUUCUUGAAGUGCCUUGAUAUUUACAGCAGUGGAAUUAUUGGACGAAAUGAUUUACAAACUCUGGUGACUGAUAUACUUGGAAAAUAUCCGGAUCUUAUGCAUGGGUUUAAUGAUUUCGUUGAGCGCUGUGAGAAUAUAGAUGGGUUUCUUGCUGGCGUUAUUAGUAAAAAAUCAGUGUGUAGUGAUGGACAUUCUUCUAGAUCGCUGAAGGUAGAGGACAAAGAUAAAGAGCAGAAGCGUGAAACUGAUGGAGCUAAAGAAAAGGAAAGAUACAGGGAAAAGUAUAUGUUUAAAUCCAUUCAAGAGCUUGACCUCUCUAAUUGUGAACGUUGUACUCCCAGCUAUAGGCUUCUGCCAGACGAUUAUCCAAUACCUUCAGCAAGCCAGAGGUCAGAGCUUGGUGCUCAAGUAUUGAAUGAUCACUGGGUAUCAGUGACUUCUGGAAGUGAGGACUAUUCUUUUAAACAUAUGCGUAGAAAUCAGUAUGAAGAAAGUCUAUUCAGAUGUGAAGAUGAUAGAUUUGAGCUGGAUAUGCUGUUAGAGUCUGUCAGCUCAGCUACCAAGCGUGCAGAGGAAUUGUUGAACAGCAUCAAUGAAAAUAAUGUCAAUCUGGAGACUCCUUUCCAUAUUGAAGACAACUUCACUGCUUUAAAUUUAAGGUGUAUUGAACGUUUAUAUGGUGAUCAUGGACUUGAUGUGUUGGAUAUUUUACGAAAAAAUCCAACUGUUGCACUACCUGUCAUAUUAACUCGCCUAAAGCAGAAACAAGAGGAGUGGACAAGGUGCCGCUCUGAUUUCAACAAGGUUUGGGCUGAAAUCUAUGCUAAAAACCACUACAAGUCACUUGAUCACCGCAGCUUCUAUUUCAAGCAACAGGAUUCAAAGAACUUGAGCACAAAAUCUUUGGUGGCUGAGAUCAAGGAUUUGAAAGAGACAAAGCAAAAAGAGGAUGAUAUUCUUCUGGCUAUUGCUGCUGGGAAUCGGCAACCUGUAAUUCCACAUCUGGAAUUUGAUUACUCCAAUAUCAGCAUUCAUGAAGACUUGUAUAAACUUGUCCAAUAUUCAUGUGAAGAGGUUUGCUCAACCAAAGAACAGGUGAAUAAAGUUAUGAGACUUUGGACGACCUUCUUAGAGCCAAUGUUAGGUGUUCCUUCUCAGUCUCAUAAUACAGAAAGUGCUGAAGAUGUUGGAAAAUCUAAGUGUCGUGCUAUGAAUUGUUCCGUAUCAAUCGUAAGAGAAAGUGAUGGAAGUCCUAGUGGUGGUGCUAUUGUAAUGAAUUCUCAGCAACCAAAAGCUGCUAGUAAUGAGGAUGAGAAUACCUCACCCGAACUAGCAAAUUCUUGUAGGACUAUGGAAAAUGGGGACACUGUAUCUAAAGAAAGUAAAUUUCUUAACGGAGAUCAUGCAUGUAGAGAUGAUACAAUUUGUAGCAUACAGGCUGCCUCUGGUGAACGAGUUGCCCAUUCCAAUGCAUCAUUUGCUACUGGGGCAGAGAUCAGUCAUGGCAAAACCAGCUUGGAAGCGAAUUCAGGCUGGGUUGCAGCUCCACCCAGACCUAGUCCAGAGAUCAGCCAUGGCAAAACUAGCUUGGAAGCGACAUCAGGCUGGGCUGUAGCUCCACCCAGACUUAGUCCAGAGAUCAGUCAUGGCAAAACCAGCUUGGAAGCGACUUCAGGCUGGGUUGCAGCUCCACCCAGACCUAGUCACACUGCUAGUCAAGAAGACCUUGUAUCUAAGGCUAAUGCUGGUUCUAUACCUUCAUCUGAGGGAGGUGAUGCUGCCAAACCAGUUUUAUUGGCAAAUGGCGUGAUUGCAGAAGGUAGUAAUGUUAAUGGAUGUCACGAAGCAUUUGCAAGACCCUCGAAAAUUGAAAAAGAAGAGGGUGAGUUAUCACCUAAUGGUGAUUUUGAGGAGGAUAACUUUGUUGUCUAUGGAGGCUCUGGUGAGCUGUCUAUGCCUAAGGCAAAGCAAAGCAGGCAAUAUCAAGCCGGGAAAGGAGAGCAGAUGAAUUGUCAGGAUGCUGGAGGAGAAAAUGAUGCGGAUGCUGAUGAUGAAGAUAGUGAAAAUGUUUCUGAGGCUGGUGAAGAUGUCUCAGGCAGUGAGUCUGGUGGUGAUGAGUGCUCCAGAGAUGAGCAUGAAGAAGAGGAAGAUGCAGAGCAUGAUGAAGCUGAUGGUAAGGCUGAGAGUGAAGGUGAGGCUGAGGGCAUGGUUGAUGGACAUGUUGGUGGAGGGGAUGGCUUGUUGCCAUUGUCAGAACGGUUCCUUUUGUCUGUGAAGCCUCUUGCAAAGCAUGUGCCGGCAGCAUUUCUUGAAAAGGAAAGAAAAGAUUCUCGAGUUUUUUAUGGAAAUGAUGAUUUUUAUGUUCUUUUUAGGCUUCAACGAAUUUUAUAUGAAAGAAUUUUAUCAGCAAAAAUGAAUUCAACGGGUGCUGAAUUGAAAUGGAAAACUUCGAAGGAUACUGGUUCUCCAGAUCUCUAUGCUAGAUUUAUGAGUGCACUGUACAGUUUGCUUGACGGAUCUGCAGAUAAUGCAAAGUUUGAGGAUGAAUGUCGAGCUAUCAUUGGAAACCAGUCAUAUGUUUUAUUCACAUUGGACAAGUUAAUCUAUAAAUUAGUCAAACAGCUUCAAACUGUUGCAGCUGAUGAGAUAGACAAUAAGCUUCUUCAAUUAUAUGACUAUGAAAAAUCCCGGAAAGCUGGGAAGUUGAUUGAUUCUGUAUAUUAUGAAAAUGCACGUGUCAUCCUUCAUGAGGAAAACAUAUAUCGAUUGGAAUGUUCCCCUGCCACCUCCCGAUUGUCCAUUCAGCUGAUGGACAGUGUGAGUCAAAAGCCUGAAGUGUUUGCAGUUUCCAUGGAUCCUAAUUUUGCAGCUUAUCUGCAGAAUGAUUAUUUGUCCGUCUUUCCUGGGAAAAAGGAGCUACGUGGGGAGCCACGUGGCAUUCUACUGCAAAGGAACAAGCGAGCAUAUGCAGGCCCAGAUGAAUCUUCUGCUUUAUGUGAAGCCAUGGAAGGUGUCAAUGCAGUCAAUGGUUUGGAAUGUAAGAUAGCUUGCAAUUCAUCGAAGAUCUCCUAUGUUCUUGACACAGAGGAUUUCUUCUUCCGACCUAGAAGGAAUAGAAGAAAUUCAUCUAGCAGCAUUUUGUGUCGUGAUGUGGAAAGAGUACAACGGUUCCACAGUUUCUUAUUGGCUUAAAUUGAUAGUAAUGCAACUUGGACAAUCAAGGCCUUUGGCAUGAUGAAACCCAGAUAAAUUUUUUUUUUUGAGGUGACAUCAUUCUUGUACUCUCGUGUUGUACGUCUAUUUGCCAAACGACACCUGAAGUUGAUAGCUCGAGAAUGGCUCGGCAAUGUAUUAUGUGAGGUCAAACGAAUGGCAUUUAAGCCAUAUGUAAAUAAAUAGGGUUGAUGCAUAAUAUAUUGUACAAAUAAAUCUAUUCUAUUGUUAUUGCUCUUUUUGUAGAUAGGAGCAUUUCUUUGUAUUCCAACCCCCCCCCCCCCCUCUCUCUCUCUCUCUCUAUGAAUCCACAUUUGACAAUGGAUCCUAAAUCCUAAUGAUGGAUCCAGGUUAGCAGAAAUGGAGAAAUCUUUUCACUUA